AGUCUAGUCCUUUCCGACCAAACACCAUUUGUCUUCCAGUAGCGCUAUUUUUCAGACAGUGAGAGAAAGAAUCAAGCUUUCGCUGAAAAAGGUGGUACUCGUACAGAGAGAGAGAGAGAAAGAGAGAGAGAGAGAGAGAGAGGAUGGCGGAGAGUGGUGGACGGAGAAUUGGAGUGGCGGUGGACUUCUCGGAGUGCAGCAAGAAGGCUUUGAACUGGGCGAUCGACAACGUCGUCCGCGACGGAGAUUAUCUAAUCCUCAUAACCGUGGCUCCCAAUAUGAAUUACGAGGAAGGCGAGAUGCAGCUCUGGGAGACCGUUGGAUCACCGUUGAUUCCAUUGAGUGAGGUCUCUGAAGCUUCCGUGAUGAAGAAGUAUGGAGUGAAGCCAGAUGCUGAAACCCUUGACAUUGCCAACACUGCCGCUAGGCAAAAAUCGAUUACAGUAGUGAUGAAGAUAUAUUGGGGAGAUCCUCGUGAGAAGAUAUGUGAGGCUGUUGAACAUAUCCCUCUCUCAAGUCUUGUCAUCGGUAACCGUGGCCUUGGUGGCCUUAAGAGGAUGAUAAUGGGAAGUGUUAGCAACCAUGUUGUCAACAACGUUGCAUGCCCUGUUACCGUCGUCAAGGCUCACCACUGAGCUUUGUCCUUCAUUUUCUCCGAGAACCUGAAUAAACUGUGGUGUAUUGUGUUUGUUUGUUGUGUCUGAAUCUGUAUUUUCGAACUCUGUAUGUUGUGUAUCUUUAUCUGUUAAUGGGUAAAAGUAAAACAUACUUAACCUUCUAAUAAAAAUACUCUUGUUGAGA